AUGGCGGACGCCGCUGUGAUCUUCAGCUUCCCUCCGGACCAGACUACACUGGAGCAGCUCUCCCCCGCCGAAUAUGACCACUCCAUCCGCCACUUCAUUGCCCAGCUCGCUCGCAUAUCCAAAGCCGUCUGGCAGGUGGGACAGAUUGGAGACCAGAACUUGCUAGAGAUAAUGAACCCGGCAGUCAAUUCGAUACCCUACCUCUACGUCCUCGUCCACCAGUUCCAGUCCAAGCUCGACUCCGCUGGCUCCGCGCUGAACGUGCCGGAUGAGUGCCGCCCGGGAGGUGAGCUCUGGCUGAAGCUAAUCAACUACCUCAACGUCUUCGACCCCAUACAGAUUCGUUACGUCGGUUCGGAUUGGAGGAGGGCUGUGGAGUACGUCGACCUAAUCACACGCUUGAUGGACACACCGGCCGUGGGCCUGGUACCCAUUCGCACGGCCUUGAGCCGCAUGGACCCUUCUCUAGCUACCUUCACCUCGGUGCACCUGCUCUACCUCCGUCUUUGCCACGAGGUUAGGGCCUUCUACGAGGCUCUGCCCAUUCUCGAUCAGUUCAUCCGUAGCUUCCCUUCCCAGUCGAUCGCGGGUGCGGAAUUUACGUUGCCAUGUGCAGACCAUUUCACCAGCGCUGGCUACAUAACCGUACGUUCCGGUCUCUCAGACAGGAUCACCGCAGCAGAUGUUCACGAGUACUUUCUUCUCGGCGCAAACACCUACUUGGCAUUGCGCCAGUACAAGCAGGCCCAGCUGCUCCUAGAGUACAUCCUGACCACCCCCACGCAAAACGUCGCGAGCGGCCUCAUGGCGGAGGCUUACAGGAAGUGGGUCUUGGUAGGAUGUCUGGUUGACGGUGCUCCGUCUCAGAAUCUCAAGCCGUCCAACAGCCACGCGAUUAGGACGAUCAAGUUGGCAUCAAAGGCGUACGACACAGUCGCCGAAAUCUUCCAGGGCGGUGACCCCGUCCGACUCCAGGCUGAAAUCGAUGUCGGCGCGCAAAUCUGGAACGAGGAUGGCAAUUCCGGUCUGAUCAGGGAGGUUCAGGAGCACCAGGCAAAGCUUUACGUCAGGAAUCUCCAAAAGACAUACGCAGCAGCUCCCGUGUCGACCGUCGCCAAGUGGCUCGGCCAAGCCCCGGAUGCUGCCGAAGCGUACCUGAAGGGUAUGGUCGACGACGGCUUCUUGAAUGCCACGAUUGAACAGAGCGCAGACGGCCAGCAGAUUCUGCGAUUCCACUCGCAGCUGGCCAGCGGCCCACGCACCAAGACGGAGCAGCAGCAGCUCUCGGAACUCGUUGCUCAGACGAAGAGGACCGAUGAACUGGCCGAACAUGUCAAGGCGGCCACGCAGAGGCUUAGCUUAACUAAAGAGUAUGUGGAAUUCGCUAAGAAGAAGGCGCGCCAGAAGGACGAUAGCGGUCAGGGACUGGGCGAGACGAUGGACACGUCCUGGGAUGCAUACGAGCAGGACGAGGACAUGAUGGCAGAUUUGUGA